GGUGUUUCGUUUAAAACUGAUUUUCCAUCCACAACGGUGAAACAAAACAAUAUCAUUCAAUCGAAAGAAAUGCUAUAGGUGUUUCUAUGUUUUAUGGGUAACAAAGCCGUUAGUUUGGGGAUAAAAAACCCUCCCUUAGAUCGCUACGAACAAGAGCAAAAAGCUGUUGAUUCGACGAGCGACUGUUGACAGAGUAUACUAAUUGGAAAACCGAUUCCAAACUAAAGGUGCAAGGUGUGUGCGCGGAAAGCGAAUAUUGUGCGCGAUUUCCGGUCGAAUUUCAAGUUUGCGUAGUGUGGUAAAGGGAACGUACAGCGGGCAUGUAUGAAAUUUGCUGUGUCAAUGGCACCGAGGCCCAGAAUUGUGCAUAAAAUUAAGGUACACAUCCGGUGACAGCAUUACGCACUCUCGCAUUCGCUCGCACCACAAUGGUUAUUUUCCGGUCAGUUUAUUUGUGUGCGAAGCGAUUGCGACCGUAGGUGCCCUGGAGGGCGAACGAAAUCGUCGUACCGAGUAUAUGGCGUGUUUCCGUUUUCCGCCCGAGCUGCGCCCCACACAAUGUCCCCGUGUCCCGCCCGGGGAGGGGGGGAGAUGAGUGUAAAACAAUUAAAUUUUCAUGCUGGUGAUGCGCUGUGAUGUGGAAAUCAGCUUCGUCCGUGCGGUUUGUGGAGUGAAAACAACGGUGUGAAAAUGGUUGCACACUUUGGCGAAAAUUAAAACCAGGAAAAACCAAAAAACCCUGUCCUGGGUGCGUGGCAGCGGGCGGGCGAGCGGAGAAUAAAAUCAAACACCAAACAAAGUCAGCAAAGCCACCGCGUGUGGUGCCGUGUGUGUGCGGGAUAUUCCCGUCCCGCUUCGUAGAACAGGGAAAAUCAACACUGCACACUGAACACACGGCGAAAAUGAAAACGAAUUUCCUUUCGCUACAAUACGUGCAGGUCGGAUGCUGGGUGAAAUAGCGCGUGCAGUGGAUGGGCUGGCGACUGAACCGCAGUGUGUGUGUAUGUGUGUGUUCGCCGAGAAGAUUCCGACGCUCACGCAACGGCAUUGUCACCGUUAAAGGGCGUGCCUUUGUUUGCAUGCUGAGGUUAAUACAUUUAAUGCUUCAUUAAACAACAACUGAUUGCUGCUGGUUGCAAAGCCACAAACCUGUUUAUUGGAACGAAGGGAGCCGCCCACCUAUCAACCGCUCCCAGCCCACCUGGCAAUCGGGGGCCCGCUGGAAAUCAAACCGACCGAGCGCGGGUGUACCACCGAGCAACGGUCUGCUAUUCCGUGCCCGAUUUGUACUUGUUAUAUGAGGGUUUGUGUGUGUUUGGAUUAGUUCAUCAUGACCACCAGGGGUAUUAGAAGGAAAAAGUCGUACUUGGCGGAAAUCAAGGUGGCCGUCAUCGGAGCACCGUGUGUUGGGAAAAGUGCAUUAACCGUACGAUUUCUCACCAAACGAUACAUUGGGGAGUAUGACCAUCAGGCAGAGAACCGGCACAAAUACGAAAUCAUGGUCGAUGGAGAAGCUGUCCUGUGUGAGAUAUGGGAUACAUGCCCAAAGAUUGAAGAAAACGCGGAAGCCCUCUCGUUAACCGCCGGUUCCGAGACGGUACAGUGGGCGGAUGGGUUACUGCUCGUCUACUCCAUCACAGAUCGCGAUUCCUUUAACUUUAUACGCAAAGCGAAGGAGGAGCUGGCGGGCGAUAUGCCCGUCGCGCUAGUUGGCAACAAGGUGGACAUGGUGCAUCUCCGUCAGGUUAGCACGGACGAGGGUGAAAUACUGGCGAAAGACUUUGAGUGUAAGUUCUUCGAAAUAUCGGCCGCCGAACAUGUGUACCAGGUGGCGGAAGCAUUCCUCGAGCUGUGCCGUGAGGUGCUCACGGGAAAGCGGAAAUCGAAGCAGAGCUUCAUUGACAAGAUAGACCGCAUGCUGAGCGGUUCGCGAACGUACAACCGUGGGAAGAGUGAUAGCAUUUCCCCGAAAGAGUAGCGCGUUUCGGCGGUGCUGUGAUAAGGUGUGCACGGCAAUAACUUUUUGUGCAAUUACGCUGAAACUUUAAAUUGCCUAAUUGAUUCAGUACGCACCACACGCUUGUGUGUGUUUCUUUUUUGUCACGUUUCAUGUGAAACGGCACAUUGGCUCAUGGUAAUAUUAAACGCUCAGCUCGGGGAAAGGAAAAGUUGCCUCCUGUUUACCUUUGCCACAGAUUGAUUGAAUACAGUAUCGAAAAUUAAUUACUUUUAACACUGAAACUGAACGCAACAUGUAAAGGAAUUGUUG